AUGGAGACUUUUUGGGUGUAUGGUGGUCUUGAUAAUAAUCCCCUUUACUCGUGCAGAAAUGCUUCAACCGCUGAAACGCAUCGACCAAAGCCGAAUGUCCUGCUUGGUAUGUUCUACUUUACGAUGGGGACAAUGGUUCAGCUUGCCUAUUUAAUCUCAUUGACGGUCAUCGGAAGAAAAGAACAUCUUCGAUUCGCCGCUUACAAAAUGAUGUUUACAUUAGGCUGCACAGACAUGAUGGAGAUGACGAUCAACAGUCAGUUCACCGGUUAUUUCACUGCUGUCGGCACGGCUUUCUGCGAUCUUCCAAGACUCAUCUUUUGUCUCGGAGCAUUUGCACAUAGUUUCUACAAUGUUUCAUGCUUCUUGUCGGUGUUUCUCAUUUUCAAUCGCUUACUUGACGUGGCUGGGUCUGGAAUGAGGGAUUUCUUCUUUAAGGGGAAAAGAACGCUGAUCUUCAUCGCAAUCCCGUUUCUGAUCGGUUCUCGUUUCUAUUUUUUCGAGCAUCCUGUUAUUUUCAAUGCCGAUUAUGGAACGUGGAUCUUUCACCCGAUGAUUCCCGGAAAUAUCAAUCAUGAGUACUUGGUGAGAACUCAAAAUGCAUGCAAUAUUAUUGUGACCUCAUCACUCUCGAUCUGUUGCAUUUUGAUUUAUAUCUUACAGUGGCGAAAGGAGAAAAUCUAUCGAUUGAAAAUGGUUUCCUACAAGAAAAAGGUUCUUCAACAAGCGAUCCUCGUCUGUGUCUUCACUUACACGACAGCUCUGAUUUGGUGCAUUUUGGGCUUCAUCCCACAAGGGCCCUUUAUGAUGACGUUAAUGCAUAUUGGCCACAUUUCAUGGAUUCUCAUGCACAGCACUCCGGCUUUGGUGUACUUGUCUUUCAACGAAAUGAUCCGAACAAGGGUCUUCAAAAUUGUUGGAUUAGCGUCAAGAACACCGAAAGUUUACAACACGGGAACGGGGGAACGAACAAUCUAUACAAUUUGUUUGAUUGUAAUCGGUCGUAAAGAUCUUCUUCAAUAUGCCGCCUAUAAAAUGAUGUUUGCUUUGGUUUUCUACAAUGCUUCUGGAUAUUUAUCUUUAUUUUUGUUAAUCAAUCGUCUCCUCGAUGUAGCUGACAGUUCACUGAAAAGCUUUUUCUAUAAAGGUAAACGAACGUUGAUUUUUAUCUUAAUCGCUCUCUUGAUCGGCACUUAUUUCCUUAUUUUUGAGCCUCCAGGCCUUUUCAAUGCUGAUUUUGGUAGUUGGGUUUUUAAUCCAAUGAUCCCGGGAAAUAUGAAUCAAAAGGUCCUCCAACAAGCGAUUCUCGUUUGGUGUCUUUCCAUUUCUGUAGCAACGAUCUGGACGACUCUCAGUAUUUUCAAUAAUUCAACUUAUUUAAUGUUAAUGAUGCACGUUGGACAUUUCUGCUGGUUUAUGAUGCAUAGUACACCUGCAUUAAUCUAUUUAUUUUUCAAUGAAACCAUUCGUCUUGAAGUGUUGAAAUUUCUCGGCUUUCACUCGUUCAAGACGCGUGUAAAUAAUCUUGGCUUGUCAAAUGGAGUUCACAAAGGGAAUGUGCCACUUGGGAUUCUGUGGAUCACUCUUGGAGCUGUGGCUCAGGUAGGUUACAUUGUUUCUUUAUCAGUAAUCGGCCAGAAGGAGUAUCUCAAAUUUUGCGCCUUCAAGCUGAUGUUUGCAUUAGGAAUUGUCGAUCUACUUAAUCUCUUCUUUUGUGCCGAUCUUUCCGGAUAUUUUGUCGCUGUUGGAGCAACAUUUUGCGAUUUUCCCGUCUUGAUCUAUUGUGUUGGCGGUGUGACUACUUUUCUAUUCAACACAAGUUGUCUACUUUCUGCCCUUUUAAUGUUCAAUCGUUUACUGGAUAUUGCCGGGAGUCCAGUGAAGGGAUUUUUGUUUAAAGGAAAUCGAACGUUUUUU